AUGAACGACCCGCAGGCCCCGAUUAUUGUUCCCGGGUCCGCGAAGCCCGCCGGUCCUUCGCUACUUGCCUGUCUUUUGUGUCGCCACAAACAUCUCAAAUGCGAUGGCAAGACCCCCGUCUGUGGCCGCUGCCUGCUGACCGGCUCCGAAUGUCAAUAUACCAAAUCGCGCCGGGGAUACAAGGGCCCCUCUAAGAAGCGUCGUGCCGAACCAUACUCUCCCGACCAACUUGUCACGGAUCCUGCACCCAGCAUGGUUGAAGUCCCCCUCGACUGGUCUCUCCAAGGGAGCUUCAAUUAUGCGCCUCACACCGUGCCAUUACCCUCCUCUGGAUCGGCUAGUCCGUCAUUCAAUGGCAUCCCGAAUAUCCCGGCGUCGACCAUGACAACGACCACAACUGCAGCCACCACGACACCACCCGCUCGCCCGAUAACAGGCCCGAUGACCCCGGAAUCUUCUUCCUCGGUCGGCGGCGACGGGUACCUUCUCGAUAUCUAUUACACCUAUUUCCACUCGGCCCACCCCGUUCUCCCACCGCUGCGCCUACUGUAUCGUGGCGCCCAGUGCCCCGUCUACUUGGAACAGGUGAUGAAAUUCAUCGCCGCCCACUUCACCCCCGCCGCUUUGCCAGAAACAUACCGCCCGACCGUUGUUACAGGUGUACGGGACCAGCUGCCCUCCGUGGAAAAGGUGCAAGCAUGGCUUCUAUUGGCGAUUGUGCUCCACUCGCGCAAUGAGCGUGGAGAGGCCAAGGAAUGUUUAGAUGCCGCGGUUGAUCUGGCAUUCGAGCUUGGUCUGAAUCAAGCUACUUUUGCCGAGAUUGCAAGCAAUGGGGAUCCAACCCGGGCAGAGUGCUUGCGGCGCACCUGGUGGGAGCUGUUCGUUGUCGAGGGCCUAUUGACUGCCCUUGGCGUGCAGCAGGUGUAUCGUACGAACUUGGUGCCACCCGAGGUGCCCCUCCCGUGCGAGGAGCGUAUCUACCAGGAUGGCCUGACCCCGCCACCCUCACCGACCAUCGCACAGUUUGAUGAACGUGUAUUUGCCGAUGAUGAGCGUGAUUUCUCAUCCUACUGCUACCGAAUCGAAGCCGUGCGAAUUCUCGGACGUGUGGUGGCGACCCAGGAGAUGGUGGAAGGCCAGCAAGAUCAUGUGGAAGCUAUUGAUGCGCGCAUCGCGAGCUGGUUCCUUCACUUGCCAGAGUCCAAGUCAGAGCUGAUGCGGCCGGAUGGAUCGGUGGAUGAGAUCAUGUUCCAGGCGACCAUGAUUGUCAAUGGUGCUUCCAUUUAUCUGAACUUCCCUCGAUCGGAUCUCCUGUCCUCCCCCGCGGUCGCGUCAGAGGUGAUUUGUGGUCACCACGGCCCGAUCAGCGUCCCUGCCUUCUCCCAUCAUGCCCAUGCCAUGAAGGCAGUCAAGGCAGCUAGCGAGUUAUCCUCUUUGGCGGCUAUCCGUCUGCCCGUGGAGCGACACACCCCAUUCUUCAUCUGCGCUCUCACACUGAGCUCCAUGGUCCAAUUGGCAGCCUGCUCCGUCAAGGCAGGCCAGAUGCCUGAUCCCAGUCGCGAUCGUAUCGGUCUCACCAUCGGCGUGUUCAAGACGCUGGCUCGUACCUGGGCCAUUUCUCAAUCGAUCAUGCGUCAGAUCAAGGCCGUAGCCCGUGACGUACUGGACAUGGGCGUGCGCCCUAGCAUUGAAUCGCUUGAUCUUACCUCGAUUUUGGAUGUCAACGAUCGGUUCUGGAUCCAGGAUGGUCCUAGCUGA